UGCUAUAUGUUUGAUUUGCACAGCUCAGCUGGUCAGAAGAGCUAAGACAUCCGUCCCCACCAGAAACUUCCCGGGCUGAGCACGAUGGAUCAAGUGCCAACCACGAUGGAUCAAGUGCCAACCACGAUGGAUCAAGUGCCAACCACAUUCGAUUACAUUGACUACAGCAUGUCAGAGCCCUGCCAGAAAAUCAAUGUGAGGCACAUCGCGGCCCAGCUGCUGCCUCCGCUCUACUCGCUGGUGUUCAUCUUCGGGUUUGUGGGCAACCUGCUGGUCGUCCUCAUCCUGAUCAACUGCAAAAAGCUGAAGAGCAUGACUGACAUCUACCUGCUCAACCUGGCCCUCUCUGACCUGCUCUUCCUUCUCACCAUCCCCUUCUGGGCUCACUACGCAGCCGGCCAGUGGGUCUUCGGGAACAUCAUGUGCCGGCUUCUGACGGGCCUCUAUUUUAUCAGCUUCUUCUCCGGAAUCUUCUUCAUCAUCCUCUUGACCAUUGACAGGUACCUGGCGAUCGUCCACGCUGUGUUUGCUUUAAAAGCCAGGACGGUCACGUUUGGGGUGGUGACCAGUGGGGUCACCUGGGUGGUGGCCGUGUUCGCCUCUCUCCCAGGAAUCAUCUUCACCAAAUCCCAAAAAGAGGUGUCUCGUUGCACCUGCAGUCCUCACUACCCAACCAGUCAGUAUCGUUUCUGGAAGAAUUUCCAGACCUUGAAGAUGGUCCUCUUGGGCCUGGUCCUGCCCCUGCUGGUCAUGGUCGUCUGCUACUCUGGAAUCCUGAAGACCCUGAUGCGGUGUCGCAACGAGAAGAAGAGGCACAAGGCCGUGAGGCUCAUCUUCGUGAUCAUGAUCGUCUACUUCCUUUUCUGGGCUCCCUACAACCUCGUCCUGCUCCUGAACACCUUCCAGGAGUUCUUCGGCCUGAACAACUGCAGUAGCUCCAAUCGGCUGGACCAAGCCAUGCAGGUGACGGAGACCCUGGGCAUGACGCACUGCUGCAUCAACCCCAUCAUCUACGCCUUCGUCGGGGAGAAGUUCAGAAACUACCUGUCAGGCUUCUUCCAAAAGCACAUCGCCCGCCGCCUCUUCAAACGCUGCCCCAUCUUCCAGCGAGAGGCCCCUGAGCGCGGGGGCUCCGUCUACUCACGCUCCACAGGGGAGCAGGACAUCUCUGUUGGCUUGUGACCUGCACUCGGUUUUUUAGCCCCAGGCUGGGGGUGGGAGCAGCGAUUUCAGAAAGGAAGUGGCUGUCAUAGAAGGCCAAAGAUCCACCCAUCUAUUUGGUAUCUGCCCUUCCAUUCUACAACCAAAACAAGUGGGUGAAAUAGCCACCUUGUCAUCUGCCCUCCACGGACCUCAGCAAUCGACGAAUGCUCCCUUCCCUGGAAAAGUUCAUUAUAAAAAAUUGUCCCCCGAGAAUUGCUGAUGCUUGAGUUUGGUUGCCUGACCAGGAACAACAAAAUGAAUCAAGACACGUGCUGUAUAGUUUCUUGCCUGCACAAGGCAAUGGACAGGUUGUAAAUGUGUGUAGAUCAGUCCUUGUCUUGCGUGGGGAGGAGAGACUUGGACUUGGUCAGUUAUGAAAGGCCGUCUCCUUGUGUGACCUC